UACAAUUGUUACCGGUAUGUUCUUGUGAAUGAUAGCUCUUGGCGCCUUGUGGACAUACGUUCGUGCGUUAAAUUGUAUCGUUACAUUUGAAAAACCACUUCAAAAGGAAAGAAGGUAAGAAAACACCCACGAUGUCACGAGAGACAUGGCUCGCCCACGUAUAUUUUGUAAAUGGAUGUGACGCAAACAAUACAUUUAAAAUGUAUUCUAUCCAUCAAAAAAUCUUUAGUACUACAAAACAAACCAAGUACAUACCGUCAUGUUUGACACCAUAUUACUUCCAGACAAGUUUCUAUCUAACCAUUGUACUCUUGCAAUUUUGAAGGUUUCCAACUGGUUCAAUUAAGAAGAAAAAAAUGCAUUCAAUUUUCCGACGACCUUGGCAGGAAAUUUUCAUUAAAAGCUGUCAAUGGUACGAGUGUCACUUUUGAGGUGAGUCCAAAGAUGAUUAAUGCUUGUAACUCUCACAGACGUCCAACAUUGUUGUUUAUAUGACAUUAGCUAUGUAAGUAGCUGAUUUAACUCAUCGAUAGGCUAUUAUUUUCAAAAGGACUCACUAGUCUACAUAUUAAGUGUUUAAAGAUGAAUGGAACACACUCUACCAGACACUUGAGAAAUCACGUAAUAGGCCACUUACGAGCAUCCACGCCCAAAUUAAAAGAUAAAUGUUUGUCAAUUGGGGGUAAGAGAACAAAAUAGGCAUAAAACACGAUCAGUAAAUUUACCUCUUCCUUCCAGGUUUCAAGGCUUUGAUAUUUGGAUAAUGAUUUCAUCAUCAUCAUCUUUGUUAUUAUGAUUAUUAGUAUUGUUAGUAUUAGUAUUAUCAGUACUCUUAUUUUUACUAUUGCUAUUAUUAUUGAAAUUAAUUUUAACCUCAAGAAAAUACUAUUUAAAGUCAUGAUUCGGCAUGACUCAUGCCAUCAUCAGUUUACUGAGUUAAUCUGUUCUACAAGUUACGUUAAUAUUGCGUUAUCAAUUUAACACAAAUAAGAAUUUUGCAAUCAUAGUACCGUUGCGAUAGUUUAAAAUAUUUAAUUAGACAUGCGCACUAGCAAGUGGAACAUCUAAAGAAUCAAACUAUGCCAACAAAUAAUUAAAACUGUUUUUAUUGUUAUUAUUACUUUUAUUAUCAUUAUCAUUUACAACCUUGGGUACCGUACGAAACGGGAAACCAAAAUGUUUCUCUUCGUUUCUCGGAUGCGAGUAAUUCAUUGCUGCUCGACUUUGAGCUGCCAACUGGCGCGCGAGGUACGCACCAUUUACUUGAGUUGUAACCAAAUGGCGAUAAAUACAUCUCUUUACAUCACAUUUACAGAAACAGCGAUGUACCACUCAAAGCAAUUUCCUGUUUGCCGAGAAAAGAGUUGGAAGACUAUAUCAAUAUCUACACACGGUCGGAAAUACUACUUUGUGCUUAGGCGUACCUGGAGACUGCGGUGUAACCUUAUCCCUUAUAAGAGCCGAUGGAAAUGAUAGGCGUUGUCUGUUUAGGAAACAUAGAAAGCGAAUAUAAGUUUUUUGCAAAAGAACAUGCACCAUUGGUAAUUUGGGGAUAAUUUGAAAAAAAUAGACUUUCUUCAUAAAAAGUGGUGUCGUUGUCUUAAAGAGAAACAGUUCUUUACUUUUUACUUCUUUUUAGUCAGGUUUUUGGUCAUUUUACCAUUAAUAUUAUUGAAAUUAUACCCUCAAAUGGGUACAUGACUUAUCUCUUUAUUUUUCGUGUGGCAUGUCACAGACAUAUUUUAUAUAGCAUUUUUAGGACCCCUUAAUUACGGUGUUAGAUUGUUACUUGCGGAACAGGAUCAAAGCAUUAAUGGUUAUCAAAAGCAUGUCUGCAUUCCUUUUUAGGUAAUUUUUUUUAUGUAGCGUGUAUGUUGGCUACAAAAUAUUUACUCAUCUACUUUCCUAGUUACAAAUAUUACAAGCAUCUAAAGGAAAGGUUUGUAAUCGAUGGCAUUCGGUCAAGUAUUGAAAAAUAUUUCAGUGAAGAGAAUUAUUUAAUUUAUUGAUUACAGUUAACAAGGAUAAACAUGGCCUAUCCAACAUUUUCUUCAUUCACAACGUUCAAGGAGAAGGAAAGAAAAGAACUCGAACGAAAAUAUACAUAGAAAAAGAAAAUUUUUGAAAAAGGUUUUUUAAUAUAUUUAUUUAUAGAUAUGAAUUAGCACGUUAGUAGUUUUUUAUAUUGUAAGCGCUUAUUUUAAUAUAUUUAAGUAAAUUUCAUCUUGUAAAUUUUUGAUACGAAUUUUUAUCAAAUAAAUAAAUACACCUUAUUGAUAUCAUAAAUAAACGAGAAGGAGGACGGGGUCGAACUCUCCAGGUCUCAUACCCUUAAACGAAAUCAAGGCCAUGUCAUUUUUCUAGUAUCUAGGCUUGCCCUCGUUGAGGUCACUAGUAAAUCCUUGCUCGUUGCAGUUCCUCACUCACGUGGAAAUGUGCAAAGAUCUUAUUUAAAGCACUGCAUGCUGGCUUUGAUUUACGCACCAAUUCAAACACCAAUUCCUCCCCGUCGAGUUUCUCAGUUUUGACAAGUCUUGUUUCUUCUAUCAGAACUUCUCUGCACAAAUUCAAACACAGAAAUGAAGGUGGUUUCUCCAUGGCUUAGGUGGAAGAUAUGUGAGGGUAACUUUUAUUCCUUCUACUAUUAAUAGGGCUCAGAAACACUGCCAUGCAUGGAACCAUGCAUUCUGUUAAAAAAAUAAAGCUUAAAAAGAAUACGGUUGAAGGAUUCAUACAUGCAUGUUGUAAAUAUUCCAACGACAGAGACGUCUGACCUAGCCAAUUUGUUUUUUUAACUCAUCUCUAACCACAAAGAGGCAAUAUCAUCGGCUUUAAGCCUUUUCCAAAUUGUGGCAUUCCGGUCAUUUCAAGGUAAUCAACUUGCUUGAGGGCGAUUCCUUUUCCGGGAUCUUGACUCGCACGCUGAAUAAGUUAACCACUAACAUAGAAUUGCGGUUAGUCCUUUUUAUAGGAAUUUUAUGAUGUGCAAUCUUGCGUUUAUUUAAGAACACUGCAGUCGUUACAAAAGUGUCUAGUCUCACCUCUACGUGGAAGGAGAUCUUACAAGAUGGAGUUGAGAACAAUUUUGUACGCUCACGUAUGUGGGUUAAUAAGAGAGAUUGUUGCUUCCCUAAAUCUCAUUUUGGUUUACUUAAGUCUGUCUGUAAAUUUUGUAGGCUUAUCUUUUGAUUAGAAUCAAUUCAAUGGUUUAUGUUGAUACCAUUUUAUCAAUAGGCUAUUUUCAUGCGCUUCGUGGUUCUUAUGAUGAAAAUCGAAUCGAGGACAAGCCUACAAUAUCAGACCCUUUGGAGGCUUCAAUCUCAUUUUAGACUCCAUAAGCCUUGUAAAGGAGGUAACCUUGUGAAAAUUGCAGUGCAACAAUGCACAGUCUUUGAAAAGAAGAAGCGAUGCGAGGCAAGGUGCAAUGGUUCAAGUACCAAAGACCCCUCAACGAGUAAGUAA